AUGACCCGAGAACUGCAGUGGUACUACCUAGAUACCUACACUACCUACGGGUUGUCAGUUCACACUCCUCCCAACUUGAACCUGGCAACUGCAGUCAUCCAAACCACUUACAAAAUGUCCAGAAACAUCAACUUCUGGCAGCGUCAGAUGAUCCUUCAUGUGAUAUACAGCAAGAACAGACCCGUUACAUCGCAAAUGGCAAAGGUGGCGCAGUGUAGUGAGCGCUAUCACUAA